CUCGUAUUUUACCCAGAGUAGCCCGGAUAUCACUUUUUAUCGAGUCCUACGUUCGCUUCAGACCUUGGCUAGCCACUGCCGGGCACAAUAUGUUAGAAUCAUGAAUUAUGCUUUGUUCAUUCUGCGAGGGACUAUCAAUCGAGCACCUCGUCGAGUUGACAGCGGUUGAAUACAGGGGAGGCAGGUUUCCUGACCGUGCGUUCUACCAACAUCACGCCACGAUCGAGGACCUCGUCGAAUCGGCCGAUAAUGGAUGCGAUUUCUGCCGAUUCAUUGUCGCUUGCGCGGAGGCGAUGCCUAGCACAAGAAACUUCGAUGAGACACAUUCCUUCUUGGCUUUCUGUCAAGAGUGUGAGAUGCGUAGCACGGAUGUCAAGAUAGCAAUACAUGCUCAUCAUACAAACGAGGAUCAGACCAUUGAGGAGGUCAAGUUACUUGAUACUCUUCAGAUAUGGUUUGGGCCAAACCCUCCGUAUGGAUAUCAAGAGAUGGAAGAUUAUUGUCAUCUGGAAUGGCCGUUGGAUCUUACCAUAAGCGUUCCACGAGAGCGGCCGUUGACAGUGAGCAAUCACCGCAUCGGUAGGAACCAACUGGAUCCUGUUCUCGACUCGGAUAUAAACUUUGAUGUUGCCCGUUCUUGGUUUGCUACCUGCUGCAACGAACACAGCAGCUGUCCGCCCAGAUCUAUCAAAAAACUACCGACGCGGCUUGUCGAUGUCGGAGAGGCACCGAGCUGGAAUGUACGCCUCAUGCAGUGCCAAGGGCAGUGGGGUGAAUAUGUCGCCCUGAGCCAUUGCUGGGGAGGCCCGAUAAAGUUGACACUGAAGUUGGACAACAUAUCCGAAUUCUUGAGUUCUAUACCGGUGUCAGACCUACCAGCCAACUUUCGGGACGCCAUAACCAUAACAAGAAAGAUGGGCAUGAGAUAUAUCUGGAUCGAUUCGCUGUGUAUCAUCCAGGAUAGUGAUGAGGACUGGGCCGUUGAGUCUGCCAGAAUGACGGAUCUCUAUCUCAAUGCUGCCUUCACUAUAUGUGCCGCAAGAUCGAACGCGAGCGACUGCGGUAUUCUCAAUCAGCCUCGGCCAGCCCAAAAAGGGAUCAUAAAAAACUUUCCGAUUCCGCCCCAGGGGCAUAUACGUGUAUUUCCGCGUUCCAACCCGGACGCGACAACAGUUGCGCUUCGUGUCUAUAGACCAGUAAUGGGGCAUGGCGAAACAUACCACGGCUGGGAUGCAGAAGACGAGACGAUGCGUGGGGUUGAAUUCUGGGGCGCUUUGAGCAAGCGAGCUUGGGGAUUGCAAGAGAAGAUCCUUUCACCGCGAAGAUUGGUAUACGGCAGGCAACAAAUAUACUGGAUAUGUGUUGAAGGGUGCCAAAGCUCCGACGGCUUGCCGGACUGUUUCCUUACCGCCACCGAUUUGGAAUACCAGCCUCUGAUGCGGCAUUUUCAUACUCCAGGUCUCCAAGAUCCGGCCAUACUGUCGGCUAGAGAGAUUCGAAAGAUCCAGGAGAAUUACUAUGACAUGGUUUCCAUCAUAUACACGGCUAGAAAGUUGACAUACCCCUCAGACAAGCUACCGGCUUUCGCAGGUCUUGCGAGGAAGUUCCAUCCCCUCUUUGGUGGUACUUACUUAGCAGGGGUUUGGUCGCACGACAUCCAUCGCGGCAUCACGUGGUAUAACGCUGACGGUCCCUGGCCUCACACACCGGCAAGGCCAUAUAGGGCUCCCUCGUGGUCUUGGGCUUGCGCGGACACGGGGAUAUCGUUUAUGUUUGAGUGUUCCAACGCUGACCGGGUGUGUCCUUGCAUCGAGUAUUCAAGACUUGAGCCCAUCGGAUACGAUGUUGAUUACUGCGACAAAAGCAACCCAUAUGGCCAAAUAAAGAGCGCGAGUCUGUCUGUUCGUGGACGUACCAGGAUUCUUUAUCGUUUUCGACCAUCUUUUAGUCGAAUCCAUGAGGAAGAAGCCUCCAAAACUGUCAGUGUCAUGAGUUGGUUUGACGACAACAACAUGAUGCCAGCAAAAUUUGAAAUAGCAUAUGUUGAGGGACGGAAAUCCCUCAUUUGGUCAUUGCCAGAGGAGCCCGUGGCUGAGGAAUCUGACUGGAGAGUUUACCCGUCUGCUCCCGAAAAGGAAUUUACUAUUUUAGUGGUAGAAGCAUCCCAUGGUUGCUUACCAAGAAGCCACACAGAAGUCUUACCGGACAACGUAUCGGUGACAUCGGCCUCUAUGAGUAGCGAAGAAGAAAAUGAGGCUGCUACAGUUACAUCAGUAUCAACAGAAGGAAAUAUGGAGACACUACGCCGUUUUUCGACCUCUGGAACCAUUUCCAGCAGUAUGAACUCCCUCGAAUCGGACUCCACGAACCCCGAGAGCUGGGUAGACGGGGAUACUGACUCGCAAAAUGGCGGCUUCUGGACGGAUGGGGAAGAGGAGCUUGCGGAUAGUGGCCUUGACUUCCUGGAGCAUGGCGAUGAGGAUGUGGCAGGGAGUCAGACUGACGGUGGAGGGGGCCAAGAGGAGAAUGAAGUCAGGAUUGAAUGUUUGAUUCUGGAACGGGAUCUGGACCGAGAUGAUAUUGCAUACGUAAAGGUUGGAGUAGUGUCGAUAUUUGAGCCUCUGAGGUUUCUUGAAGAUUGGGAGGUUAAUACUUUGACGUUAAUAUAGAACCAGAAAUAGCAUUAUUGCUUGACGGCUUGCCGGGCAGCUCUUCCUGAAUAAUAUGCGACG